AGCGGCCAUCUUCGUCAGUUCCUAGAAACGCGUGGAACGCGCCCUGUAAUAAAAUAUUGGGAACUUUGAAACUUGUAGAGAAAUGUGCUUUAAUUUCAUUUUGUCAAGUUGUCGAACCCGCUCAAGAGAUAACUGUUUGUUUCGUAUUUGCGGUGUGUCAGCAGGACCGUGGUCGUGGAUAAAUGAUAUUUAUUUCGGUUUACAUAGUUUAAUUUUAUUAUAAAUAAUGUCUACUAAAUCGUCUGUAGAUUUAAGGGCCGAACUGGCAGAGCUUGUAAAACGCAAGGCUGAAAUCGCGGAUACAUUGGCAAAUUUAGAACGACAAAUAUAUGCCUUCGAGGGAAGUUACCUCGAGGAUACACAACUCUACGGAAAUAUCAUUAGGGGUUGGGAUCGGUACUUAGCUAGCAACAAAAAUACGAAUAGUAAGGCAGAUAAGCGAAACAGGAAGUUCAAAGAGGCGGAACGAUUGUUUUCCAAAUCAUCUAUCACUUCCGUUGCUGCAGUGAAUGGGAUACUGGAAAAUACCCAAGACAAAAUUGAGCGAUACAGCGAGUCGGAGUCACAAGUUGGGAACAGCGGAAGCGAGGACAAUUGCAACUUUACCAAUUCUGUAUUAACUCCGAGCAAUAACAAAGAAACCAGUGGCAAGAAUCAUACCUCGGUUCAGUCGAGUUAUUCUCAAAAUAAUGGUACCCAUAAUAACGCGGAUGGUAACGUUGAGUUUACCAAUGGGCCAAUGUCAAACGGUGGUAUAGACCAUGUCACCACACCAGUUAAAGAUGGUCACACCAAUAGCAAAGAUUCAAACAAAAAUCGAUCUUCCUCAAGUAGUGCAAAGAAAAGUAAUAACAAGCGAUCUAGGAACAGAUGAAGUUUUAAUGAUCUUUGUAACGAUCAUCUUGUGCUUUGCUGUUUUAACUCUGUAAACUGUUUCCGUUCACAGUUGGAAAAUUUGAGUGACAGUCUCCUGGAGAUUUUAUUCUCUCAUACACCUCGUGAACUAAUAUUUGUAUCAUUGGUAUUAUCAGUGUCAGUACUUUGGACAAAUCGUUGCUAAAUGAAUUUGGUUCCAGUAUGAUCUAAGAUGCAUUUAUACUGUAUUAUCCAGCAAGUAUCGAUUCAUAUUAUUCGGAUCCAAUCAAAUGAUUUUGAAAUAUUUGAUCCUGACGAUGUUUAACAAGCAACAGAAGAACGCUUGGCAAGUAUUUCUAUAUAUUAUUUGUAAGCUGCAACUUUGAAUGAAAUAAAAAAAUAUCGUUUACAUA